GGGAGGCGAAGGUUGAUGCGGAGAAUUGGCGAAAAAACAGUGUCUCGGGCCCUCACCAACCUCACCAGGGGCGGGAACCAGGGCCACACUAGUCACCAGGUACAUGACGCCCCGCACUCCCCAUUAGGCACUGAAAUAACGGCUGGUACACGUGGAAAUAAGGUGUUCCCAGCAGCAGGAGGAGCAGCAGCAGCAGGAGGAGCAGGAGGAGGGCAUUGCAUGUGGCUUCUCGGCUCAGUAGGUCGUGAUGGGGGAAAUUGAAUUGGGUGCAGCUGCGGAGGCCACGAUACAGGCUUACAAGGAGCUGGCCACUGAUCCUGCCAAGAGAGUCGCCUUAGCAUUGGACCGCACAUGCAUCCAGUUCCUCGCCUAUGUGGUGGCGGAGGGGGAGGGGACGCUGGUAGACUUGGCGGUGGAGACUCUGGCACUUAUCGCGGAGGCUAAGGAAUGUCGCCCCUCUCUUGCUAAUACUUUCGGUGUGCUAGAGGCCCUGCAGAGCAUUACUGAGGACGAGGAAAGUUACAGUGAUGAAUUGAAGGAGAAGGCAGCCGGUCUCUUCACCAGUCUUCAAUUUGCCAAGCACGUUAAAGAACCAAAGCCUAAGGAGUCCACUGGUGCAUCCUCCUCCACCUCCUCCACCUCCACCAGCAGCGCUCCCUCCUCCACCUCCUCCGCCAAGGAUGAUGUCGACUCCACAACGAAAGAAGUGGAGGAGAAGAAGCCAGAGAAAGUGGAGCCAGUGGAGAGGGUUUUGAAGAAGGUGGACGAUGUGAGUGUGAAGGAGAGCCAAAGCAAGGCGUCGGUGGAGAAGAGGGACAGUUUCUUAGGCAUCCACAACUCCAAGGCUAAGGUUGUCACUCUUUUCAUCAAGGGAAUGGUCAACCAGGAACACCGGCAGCGGGUGGAGGAGGAACUGGUGCGAGUGCGGGGCCUGAUCAGCAUUGUGUUUGACCUGAGCCACUCCCGCGUCACUUGUCGGGUCAAGCGAGACCUGUCCGUGGAGAAGCUGGCGGCGGCGGUGGCUCGAACUGAGACCCUCGCCGCACACCAGGUCACCACCAACGACAAGGGAGAGGAGGAGAUCAUACCACUGUGCAAGUCCCCGACAGACACCACCACCACCACCACCUCCCCAGUUGAAGACCUUCCAGAUUAUUUGCCGGAGGAGGAUUACGACAUCAAGGACGCCCACUCUGCCAUGGCCCCCAGUGGAUCCUUCAUGGAGACCGCCACCACCUGGAUCUCAAGCGCCUCUAGUUUCCUGCAGAAGUCCUUUUAUUGGUGACUGUGUGCCCUGUAGGAUCUGCUGGUAGGAUCUUAAGGAUAGGGAGGUUUUGGGGUAUCCUGUGCUGGGUGUUUGUUUUAAGGUUGUGGUGUUGUUGUGGUGGUGUGGUGUGGUGAGGGUCAGGUGUGUGUAUA